GGUCGAUUUUCAUAUAUAUUACCGUUUAAACUCCGUAAUCAUAUAUCCAUAUAUAGCGGCUCUCUCUCUUUCCCCUGUACGAACUUUCUAUUUUUUUUUCUUAAAGCUCAUUGAGGAGCUCCAUUCAUCGUGCUUUCGAAACAAAAAAAGUCAACUUUCCGGCGACCCGAAUCAUCAUUUUCGGUUAUUUUCAAUGGAGACUCCUUCAUCUACAAUACGAGUCACCAGGUCCCAGACUUUGGCUACCUUGAACAACAACAGUAUCACUCUUUCCAUAGAAGGAAACAAGGAAGAGUACGUCAAGGGUGUGUCGAAAACAAAUGGGAAACAGCAAAGCGAAAGGGGUGCUCUUAUCGAUAUAACGAAUGACUCGCCUAUUGUGGGGCUUGCAAUGGAAACGCCGUCUUCUGCUGUAGGUAAGCAGUGGAGUAGUAGAGUGAGGAACGUGGUGAUGACUCCUGGAUCUGGUGAGGCUUUGUUGAGAGGUCAAGUCAAGACUCUCUUGCAAAAGGUUGAAGAAGAAGCUGAGCUUUCAACAGCUUCGAUGGAGAGCCGUCCUUUUAUUCGACUGCAAGGAUGUGUUAAUUCCCCGAUGGGAAUUUCGGCUCCUACUCCUGCAAAUACACCACAGCUCUCAAAUCUUUAUGAGGAUAUUGGAUUGGGUUCAAUAGUGACAGCUCAACCUGUUGUCGAAGAACAUAUGAAGAGAUCUGAGGAAGUGCGUCUCGAAUCACAGAAAAGCGUGAUAACUAGGUCUUUGCUGCUUGACUUUGCUGAGCAUUCAUCAUAUUCCGAGGUGACCGAUCAAGAAAAAGUAGUGCAUGCAAAGAGAAGACAUCAGCUGAUGAUAAUGGUAGCAUCGAAGAUGAAGAUGAUUGGUAAGGAGCCAUUUGAAGAAGACGAUGAUGGAGAGAUUGAUGAGCUUUGUGAAGGCUUAAGCAAGAUAAGCAUGGAAGAGAUGUUUAGAGGGAAGCACACAAGAUUUGUAUACGACAGCGACGAUGAGAUCGAAAGGGAAGAAGGGAAGAAGGCAAUGCAAUACGGUUGAAGGGAUUGCCAACUAGGGAUGGCAACGGGGAUUUAAACGGGAUCCCAUUGGGUAAUUGGGGAAAAUUACGGGGAAACGGGUAUUUCCGUUUAUUU